UGGUGUGAGACGUGCCCCGUGACACUCACAGUGCAAUUUCGGAGCCGGACGAGUGUCUGAGCCAACCUCACAGUUGCAAUUGUGUUGCAACCCAUCAAGCAACAUGGAAGCGAGGGCCGCGAAGACCUUGGUGCCCAGCAUGAGCAACUGUUGCUGGGAUGUGUCUGAAUCAGUGAAGCUUACGAAAGGAGCACGUCUCCUUGGACGACCUGCGGGAGGGUUUUACAGCACUCCUAGAACAAGUGUUGCCAUCAGAUGCAGUCAGUCCGAUGGCACUGAGCCGAAUCACUUGCAAUCAAGUGUGCAGAAUGAGUCAGCAACUACCUCGUACGCACCUUCAGAGAGGGAGACCCCAAUUCUUCGCAGGCGAUUGUUGUGCACGUGUUGCUUAGGGUUAGCCGCAUUUGUAAGCAAUGGAUUAACGGAUGUCAACGCCGAAGCUGCUGAGAAAGAAGUAGCUCCUUGUAGGAAUUGCCAAGGGCAAGGCGCAGUUCCUUGUGACAUGUGCGGUGGAACAGGAAAAUGGAAGGCGCUUAACCGGAAGCGCCCCAAGGAUGUGUACGAGUACACAGAGUGCCCCAACUGUUACGGAAGAGGGAAGUUGGUUUGUCCUGUGUGCCUGGGAACUGGAUCAGCUAAUAACAAGGGAUUGUUGCGGAGACCAGAGUCGAAAGAGCUGUUGGAUCAAAUGUACCAUGGGAGAAUUUUGCCUAAGAUGUAGGAGCUUAAUUUUGGACCAAGCUUCCAUUACAUAAUUCUUGUACUCAAUUUUGUCACUAAACUAUAGUACUGGGAAUUCUUUCCCAAUGUCUAGAACUGAUUUCAGUUUUCGGCAGAAAUGACGCAUUUCUGAUGACUAAUGAUCUGCUUAAGGUGGCUACUACUCCAGGGUUGUAGAGGUUAGGUAUCUUGCGUUAUGACCAAUGUCACUGAACACAUAACCCGUACACAAGAGUUUUGUUUCAACUAAACUA